GAUCGCGUCAACUGCGUGAGCAAGGCAAUCAAAUCUUUAACACCAAGACUACCAAUCCAAAGGCCAACCAAUCUGAACGCUUGCUUGGAGCAUGUAAGCUUUAUACCAAGGCUAUAAUGGAAGCAGAAAAUGCAUUCGAGGAGCUAUGCUUGGGUUAUGCCAAUCGCGGAAUGGCUCUGCUGGAGUAUGGCUAUUACCAGCAGGCAUAUGAUGACUGCGCCUCUGCUAUGGAGUUUGGUUACCCUAAGAAGAAUCAGGGCAAGUUAAUUAUGCGUCAGGCAAUUUGUGCCUCGAAGAUGGGAGACUUUAAAAAGCUGGCCGAGCACAUGAGCUGCCUAGAUAAAAUGGAACUCAAUGAGAACUUUUCCCAGCAACUGGAGCAGCUUAAGCAACAGCUCCCAUCACAGCAAAGCAAACCAACCUUAAACGAAGCACAGACAGCAAACGAUGCGAUAGCCAAGAGGCAUAAAGUCGUUCAGGAGGCUGGUACUAAAGGACGUUACCUAGUUGCAACCGAGGAAAUUAAGAAGGGCGAACUUGUAAUCAAGGAGCAGGCCAGUUGCUUUUCCCCCACAUCAAUGACUCCAAUUUGCCAGCAGUGCGCAUCCAGCUUGAUGUGCGCACCCAUACCGUGCCCGGAAUGCCAUCAGCGUGUAGUCUACUGCUCCAGACGCUGUCGUCAGUUGCAUGCCACCAUACACAGUUACGAGUGUGGACUAUAUAGCCGAGAUCUAAUGGAUUCUUGCAUUAUUAACUUGUCCCUACGCUCUGUGCUCGUGCAUAUGCCGGAGUGGCUGCGCCAUCUGUCCACGCUUCCCAACGCCAAUGCGCAACAGCUGUGGCAGAGUCUAAUGGAACUGGCAGCCGGCAAGCACAGUCGUGAUGAUGAUGAUGAUCCGCAGCAUAUGGGGCUGGCCAUGAUAAAACAUUUGAAAAAAUCAGAGGAAGAAAGAAUAUUUGCACUUCGUGCCAACUGCUUGCAAGUAUAUUUGUUUAAGUACACUAACUUCUAUGAGCAGCUUUUGUCCAGCACAGCUGCCAGCAAGGAGCACUGGCAUGUAGUUCUUGCUGCGCUUAUCUUCCGAUGUGUGGCACAGUUAAGAAAAAAUUUUGUGUUCUAUACAUGUGUGCAUUCAAUAGUUGAGGGCAAAGAGUUAGCAUUGCUACAGCCAGGGUUCUGGCACCAGCCGUAUCAUUUAAAGCGCGGUUGUCUGCAUCUAUUUUCUGACGUAGACUUCAACAUUUCAUCGUACGUACCCCAGUUAGGCCUUUGCAAUCAUUCCUGUGAAGGUUCGAUGCAUAUCAAAAUUGAUGGCGGUGUUGCCAAUUGCUUUGCCAUGCACAAUAUUAAGGUGAAUGAGGAGCUCACCUACUGCUAUGGAGAUAAAGCUAACUGUUUGCCCUGGUAUAGCCGACAAGAGCGCCUGAAAGAGGUAUAUGGGUUUAACUGCCGCUGUAAGAGGUGCAUGCAAGCACAACCCGAUGAGGAGUACUUCAGCUUUCAUCGCUAUCGUUGUCUAAACACACGUUGCCAGAGGAUCUAUGUGCCCGAUCCUUUUCAGCACAUUAAGCAUUUAAGCUGGUGGGAUCAGCCGGUACCGGUGGUUAUCUACUGCACUGUCUGCCGUCAACCACAACCAAUGGACAGAUACGUGCAGUUUUCCCUUCCUGGAAUGUACCUUCCUGAAAAACGUCGCAAAUUGUACGAAGCAUUCAAUGAAUUGGACAAUUGGUUAUUGGACUAUCAUAGUCUAAAGCAGUGUUUGGCCAGGAAGUUGAUUCUGUAUUGCUUUAUUCUGCAACAAGCUGGUUGUCCCUUGAAUAAGGAAGACUAUAUUCAAUUGACUCGCAUUAUUAAAUUUCUGAUGAAAGGCACUGAAGUACAGAUGGGCAUAAACUCCGUUCAAUACAUCACCAAUAUGGUUUUUUUGUGGGAUUUCAUUGCUCUGGGCAAAUACAAAUGCAGUAAGCAGGAUAUGCAACCCAUGCUGGCUACACUCAAAUAUCUUUCGAGCGAGCAACAGAAAAUAUUUAUGAACUAUUACAACGAUUUUAUUGAGCAGCAAUUACUACAAUAAAUAACCACAAUAUAUAUUAUAU